CCUGCGCCCCGCAGCAUGGCCGGGCCGCGGGGCCCGCAGCGCUGGCAGGUGCUGGAGCCCGGCCCCGGCCCCAGCCCCGGCCUGCGGCAGCGCUGCGCGCGGAGGGGCGCGGGCCGCGCGGCGGUGCGUGCCCGGGGGGGGGCGGGGGGCUCGUGCGGCCCGCGGGCCGGGCCCGGCCGCCAUCUUGCGCAGCUCGCGGGGCCGGGUUGUGGCGCGGGCCGCGGCUCCCCGCCCGCAACGCCGCUGCCCCUGCAGGAGGCGGCCCCGGCGGGGGGCAGAGCCCUGCCCCGGCCCCGGCCCCGGCCCCGGCCCCAGCAGAGGAGGAGCGGGGAGCUGCUGGUUUCGGCACGUUCAGUAUCAUUUGAACCUUUAAGUUACCAGCUUGAUGGGUUGGUGACCUUCGAGGAGGUGGCCAUUUAUUUCACCCAGGAAGAAUGGGAUCUGCUGGACCCUGCUCAGAGGGCCUUCUACUGGGAUGUCAUGCAAGAGAACUAUGACAUGGUGAACUCAUUGUGGAAUUUGAUUUAUAUACCCUGCAUGACCUCCCAGCCAGAAUACAGCCAAGACCCCUGGGUCCCAGCUCUCCAGUGCUCUGAGGGAAUGGAGUUCUCAAAUGACAUCACAGGGACAGUGAUGAUGGGAAAGAACAUGUCAAAAAAAAGGAAAAUUGAUGAGGAAAACAGAAGAUUUCAAGAACGUUGGGAAGUGGAUUAUAUGUUUACUGAGCACAAUGGAAAACCUCAGUGCUUAGUUUGCUUACGAGUGCUGUCUGUUCAGAAGGAAUUUAACCUCCGGCGACACUAUCAAACUUUACAUGAAGAAAAAUAUAAAGAGUACAGCGGGGAUUUGAGAUUAGCUGUGGUAACAGACCUGAAAAAUAAAUUUAGAGAACCAGUUGUACUCGUUCCUGCAGUUAAAAAGGAAAAGUUAUCAAGUGUUGCAGCUUCUUAUGCAGUGGCUUUGCUGUUAGCCAAAGCAAAGAAACCAUACAGUGAUGGGGCUCUUGUGAAAGAAUGCUCAAUUGAAAUGGCCAAGGCAUUCGGUAAUGAGAAGAUGGUGAAAAACUUUGAAACAGUUUCACUGUCUCAUCGGACAAUGGCCAGGAGAAUUGAAGAUAUGAGCAAUCAAAUAUGUGAAAAGAUACUGCUCAACGUGAAAAAGUGUUGCUAUUUUUCAUUAUUAUUAGAUGAGAGCACUGACCAAACUGAUAUGAGUCAGCUUCUCAUAUUUAUCAGAACUGUGGAGGAAGAUUUCUCAGCAAAAGAGGAGCUGCUGUCUCUGGUUUCUUUGCACGACACCACCAAGGGAGCAGAUAUAUUUGAAGCUCUUCAGAAAACCGUGAUUGAACACGGAGGUUUUAACAAAUGUACCUGUAUUGUCACAAAUGGUGCUAGGGCUAUGGUUGGUUCCAAAGCUGGAUUAUCAGGUCUUCUGAAAAAGUCUGGUGUUGUGUGUCCCAUGAUUCACUAUAUAAUUCACCAAGAAUCUUUGUGUGAGAAAUGGGUGAAACAAGUAGAAGCUAUGAAAGUGGUCAUGAAGGUUACCAAUCUCAUUCGUGGUGGAAAUAGGUCUUUGUUACAAAGGAAAUUCUGCUCAUUUUUGGAAGAAAUGCAGUCUGUGUAUGGAGAUUUGCCUCUUCAUUCAGAAAUUCGUUGGCUGAGUGCUGGUAAGGUUCUUGUAAUGUUUUUCGCUCUCAGAAAAGAAAUUCCAGUGUUCCUAAGAGAGCAAGUGAAAGCUGACACCACAGAGCUUGAAGAGAGACUUUUGUCUCCUGAGUUUCUGUCUGAGUUAGCCUUCUUGACAGAUAUGACUACCCACUUAAAUGAAUUGAAUCUAAAAUUGCAGUGUAAAAAUCAUACAAUAUCAGACCUUUUUGGAUGUGUGAAUGGGUUUCGUAGUAAACUUAAGCUGUUUAAGGCUGCUAUUGAAAAGGGUGAUCUUACACAUUUCCCAUCUUGCAAGGAAUUGGUAAAAGAAAUGGAAAAUUUCGACUGCAUAAGCUUUUCAGAAUUCUCAUCCAAUGUAGACGCGAUGGUGAAGGAAUUUGACAAUCGCUUUAUUGAAUUUGAGUUACUAAAAAAUGAACUAAUCCUUUUCAACAACCCACUUAGAGCCCCAGUUGAAAAUCAGUCUUCCAACAUACAACUUGAGCUGUGUGAUCUACAAGCCGACCCUUUCCUAGGUAGCAGGCAAGAAAUAGGGCAGGACUUCUUUAAACUCGUGGCAAAGAAUCGUUUCCCCCAUUUAAGAGACCUUGGUUUAAAGAUCGUAUCGAUUUUUGGCAGUACGUACCUAUGUGAAAAUGCCUUGUCUACAAUGAAGCUGAUAAAAUCCCAGUACCGAUGUUCACUUACAGAUGAAUCCCUUGGUCACUUGCUUCGACUGGCCUUAACCGAGGAGUCAGUUGACAUUGAUAUUCUUGUACAGAAGAUGGAUCACCCACAGUUUUCACAUUGAAAAGCUGUUAAUUUACUGUUUUGUAAUAUUUUACCUGUAGACUUAUAUGUGUCUAUUUCUUUUAUAUUUGUAGGUGUUUUACUUAUGCCUCAUCUUUGUAUUAAAACAAAAGAUACAA